AUGAGCUGGGAGCCUCUGGACUUCGAGAACGCCUUUUCGCAGUAUGUCAGCAAGUUUGGCUUCGGUAACGGCAAAGUGAUGCUCCGCGUGGUCGAAGCCACGGAGGGCUACAAGGCAGUAAACCCUCGCUACCAGAACUGGCUGCGAGACAAGCGAGCCACUGCCUUGAAGGACUUGAACGAGGUUGACCGGUGUUAUGGCUGGGCGAAGUAUGUCCACAAGGCGGACGGCAAGCAGAAGGCACCUGAUGCCGGACAGAAGACCGAUGAGACUGGGCAGAAACCCGGGGCUGGCGAGUCGGUCGAGUGGCGCCCGGCAAUUCUCAGAAAAGUGCCCAACAACUCCAACGCCUUCGGGGUGGAAUGGGUCCACGGAACGCCUGGCAACUCCGAGGGCACGCUCCAGCUUCACAAGUCGGCGGUCCUGCUGGCGCCCCGCGCGCCGAAGAUUGACGACAACACGGAUCCCAGGCACCAGGCGGUUCUCAAGCAGGCGAGGCGGCUGAGAUCUUCCGGCAAGUCUGACUGGGAGAUUGAAGCGUACCUCAACAAGCUGCUCGAGAAACAGUGGGAGGAGCGAGAGGCGCAGCGCAACCGGGAGGAGAACCCGGAGGCCGAGCCCAAGCCACCGAGACUCACGAUCGACCAGAUCCGGGCCUACCUGCAACGCGAGGAGGGCCAGGCCAGAAGCAUGCCAACUUGUAGCUAA